AUGGUCCCUUCUACAUUUACCCCGAGUCUCACUCGAAGGGACACAGCCAAGUCCGGUGCUGGAUAUGAAGCUUCACAUGGUCUCCCACCUCCAGUAUCUAGUGGGGGUGGUCUCCUUGGACCUCAGAGUGCAGGCGCAAUCUAUCAACAAAUUCAUGAAAUGGCCGCAAAACGGAUAUCAACCCUCGACUAUCUAAGGAAAGCUCAUGAAGGACGAGUCUAUUGGUUUAAUACUGUGCAUUUUUCUCGCGCUGACAUCGCCCGUCUGCCAUACUUCGAAGCUAGAAAGCUCUCACGCCGCGCAAUCAAUUAUCUACUCCUUGGACUUUCUCUACCAACAAUAUUGGAUGUGAAUUCAACGCCUUUUGAAUAUCUGCGAGCUCUCAACGCUCUCCUGUUGGAAUUCGAGGCUUUCCAGCAAGUACAUCCUCCGGAUGGCAGCUCCUCCUCAACUCUCGCGAGAGCCCGCAUACCCCAGAUGUUCAAGCGCGCUGCGCAUGCAGGUACUAAGACUCGCCGCGCUAGCUCUGCAACCGAGAUUGGGCUCCCGAUGCAGUCCAGUGAUCCUUCGGACUUGAAAAAUACGGCUGGGAAUCUUGGAUCGGCUUCCUCUGGAGCCUCCGUCACAUCCUUCCCGCUCACAGAGUCAUCAGAUCUCCUCCCAGGAGAGGAGUACACUUAUCUUCUCACGCCUUCAUUACCAUUUGAGCCAGACUUCUUUGAGACAUUUGCGACGCUAUGUGAUGUUUUAAUCGAUUGUUAUAGCCGACUUACUACGCUAGUAUCCUCUCCCUCGGUUUGCACAGUGGCCUUGGGUGAAACAUUCUCCAAGGCGGAUGCUAAGUUGCGGAAGAUAAUGGUGGCCGGCGCAGUGCGCGAAUUCGAAGACGCCAGCCGAAAUAGUGCCAAGAGUGAGGUCGCUGGAGUCAGUCGCGUGGUGCUGGGAGGUUUAUUGGGAUAA